ACUGCUUCCAGUCGGUGCCCUCGCUUAAAUUCCAGGCACUGUCUCCCAGUGCCCUCAUUCAGCAACUUCAGCCUCGAACACCUCCGAGCUGCCUGCUGGCACAAGGCGAGUGAAGCGGGCGGCCCGAAGUGCACUGUCAAAGCCUCCCCCGUUUUUCUCCCUGGUCCAGGUUUCUACUCAGCCAUCACCAUUUCUUCCAAAGGCAGGCAGGACGAUCGCCCCCCUCUCCCGCGGGUCGUCCGCAAGAAGCGACUGGUGGCCGCGGCGGUGGGGGUCCUCAUGGUGCUCCUGUUGGUCAUCCUGAUCCCGGUGCUGGUCAACUCGGCCGGUACCUCCGCCCACUACGAGAUGCUGGGGACCUGCAGGAUGGUCUGCGACCCAUACGGGACCAAAGCCACCACGGCAGCGGCGGAGACAGUGCGAGAUCACAGCGUGAUGCCCUUGCCCACCUUCAUCCAAGGACCCAAAGGGGAGCCCGGGAGAUCAGGGAAAGCCGGCCCGCGGGGCCCGCCCGGGGAACCAGGGCCCCCCGGCUCCAUCGGGCCACCGGGAGGGAAGGGGGAGCCGGGCAGACCGGGGCUACCCGGCCUGCCGGGACCUCCCGGGCCAAAUGCCGGGGCUAUCAGCGCCGCCACCUACAGCACAGUGCCCAAGAUCGCCUUCUAUGCCGGCCUCAAACGGCCACACGAGGGUUACGAGAUGCUCAAAUUCGACGACGUGGUUACCAACCUGGGGAACCACUACGACCCGACCACCGGCAAGUUUACCUGCUCCAUCCCGGGGAUUUACUUCUUCACUUACCAUGUGCUGAUGAGGGGAGGGGACGGCACCAGCAUGUGGGCAGAUCUGUGUAAGAACGGCCAGGUUCGAGCCAGUGCAAUUGCCCAGGACGCCGACCAGAACUACGACUAUGCCAGUAACAGCGUGGUGCUGCACUUGGAUGCAGGGGAUGAAGUCUAUAUUAAACUGGAUGGUGGCAAGGCUCACGGCGGUAACAACAACAAGUACAGCACCUUCUCUGGAUUUAUAGUCUACGCGGACUGAGGGAAGGGCGAACAAAUAAAGAAGCAGCCAAAUCAAAUCACCUCCUGCGUGAAGGACUGAGGGUGGGAUUCCCACGGCGUGAAAAGAUCACUGCAAAAACCAAGUGGACGGUCGCCAGAUGUGCUCCGUACUUCUGGAUACAACCAGCCGUUGUUUUUGUUUUUGAAAAAAUGCUUUUUGAAACAUACCUGCACACCUCGAAAAGACCAUGUCUUAUCUAAAUUGGCUCAGUUUGGGUUAGUCCACCCAAAGCAAUUUCUCAGUGUUAGAUUGUGUUUGUGAGAGGAAUUCUGUCCAGUACUGAGCACAGUGGUCAGUUUAUAAAACCUCAAGAUCGUGUGGGGGGAAAAAAAGCAAGAUUUUCAAGUGUUCCUCAUUCUCUGAUGCUUUGACAUAUUGAACUCACAGCUUUAUCCAUGCAGCACCCAUUUGGUUGUCGUGACUAGCCAUUUCUCUGCUUGGAAUACCACAUUAAUCGCUGUGGCGAGCGACGAUUUUCUAACAACUAUUAUAAUUGCAUUGUUAAAUGAGUAUGCUGCUGUUUUUAAUAAGGUCAGUGUUUGCCUUCAAUUAGAGUCAUUCAUUUAACAAUCACAAAUUAAUAUAAAGAAUUACGUGCGUGCAAUAGAUACUGUGCAGCUUUCUGAUCGCUGUGGCAUGAAUUUCAAAUUCGAUAUAUCCAUGUAUAUGCAAUAAGAUGCCAUAGAUUUUUAAAAUAAAUCUUUUGAUCAUAGAAGUGUUAAAGUAUUCAAUAUUUUCGUGCAACGCCUAUGAAUUUAGCUCUUUUACAUUGAUUCGAUUGCUCACAUUUUGAUUAUCAGUUAACAUUUCUUAUCACAAUAUAUGACCUUAUUAGACGUAAUAAGUAAAUGGUUCAAACCAUUCAACCUUGCAGGUUCCUUCUCGGUAUAUUUGAUUUAAUAAGAUACAUUCUACCUGUCUGAUGAGCAAUUUCACCACACAUAACUGAUGAUCAAGUGCGGUGGUAUUCUACGUAAGAACCUAUCAUAUAAUGUUAGGGCAGUGUUAAAACGUGCUUCCAGCUUUAGGUCUCUAUCUUAAAUUCAGCAGAAAUAAAUAAGAUAUUUUGCACUUAAUUACCUCCACAACUAACACUUCCCCCCCCAAUUUUGUUUAGGAUUAGUCUGGUAUAAGGCAGGCAUUUGCUUUUCCCCAUUUAGAUUUUAAUUUUACGCGGCGUAUUAAAAUAACUCAGUUACUGUUUUGGGGCCCGGGUUACUGUUAA